AUGGAUCAGGCGCUGUAUCGAACGCAGUCGUUUUACAUAACAAAACGACGUAGUAAUGACUCACUUGAGUUUGGUAGAAGUCCCGGUUUAAUUAACCGUCUGUAUAAUAAACCAAUGCAGAAUACCAAACAAUCCUUCCACUUCCCUCUCCUUCUACUUCUUCCGGUUACCUUCUCCGGCGAAGGCCGUUCUCCUCCGCAUCAUCUCUGCUUACGCGUAGACAGUGUCUCAAUAGCAGAGUCUGACCCUUCUAAUCUUCCAUGUCGAUUACUCUCAAUUGUAAAUUGGCAGAACAAUCCAUCUCUAAAUCAUGUCUCUUCUCUGUUUUCACUCAAUCUUGAUCCUCAGACAGCUCUCACUUUCUCCGAUUGGAUCUCUCGGAUACCAAAAUUCAAGCACAACGUUAGUUCAUACGCAUCUUUGGUUAGUCUCCUCUGUAGACAUGGAAUACCUCAUGAGAUGCCUAAGAUCACGUUAUUGAUAAUUCAGCGAGAAGCUUUGUUUGUUGUUGAUUUCUGUAGGGAAACGAGUAAAGACGAUAGCUUUGAGAUUAAAUACAUGCUUAGUCCUAAAUGCUAUAAUACUCUGUUGAGUUCAUUGUCUAGAUUUGGAUUAGUCGAUGAAAUGAAGAGACAUUAUACAGAAAUGUUGGACGAUUUGGUUUCUCCAGACAUUUACACGUUUAACACAUUGGUUAAUGGGUAUUGUAUGCUUGGAUAUGUAGUAGAAGCAAAGCAGUAUGUGAGUAGGCUUAUUCAGGCUGGUUUGACUCCUGAUUAUUUCACAUAUUAUACUUCUUUUAUUACGGGUCAUUGUCGAAGAAAAGAAAUCGAUGCAGCUUUUCAGGUUUUUAAGGAGAUGUCUCAGAACGGUUGCCAUAGAAAUGAGGUUUCCUACACUCAACUUAUAUAUGGUCUUUGUGAAGCAAAGAGGAUUGGUGAAAAUGAAAGAUAUGACAACUGUUGUCCUAAUGUUCGUACAUACACAGUGCUUAUAGAUGCUUUGUGUGGAUCAGGGAAGAAGUCAGAAGCUCUGAAUUUGUUUAAGCAGAUGUCAGAGAGUGGCAUUAAGCCUGAUGUUUAUAUGUAUACUGUGCUUAUUCAGAGCUUUUGUAGUGGAGAUACACUCGAUGAAGCUAGUGGGUUGCUAGAUCAUAUGUUUGAAAAUGGGUUGAUGCCAAAUUUUAUUACAUACAAUGCAUUGAUCAAAGGGUUUUGUAAGAAGAAUGUGCACAAAGCAAUGGGACUGCUUAGUAAGAUGCUAGAGCAAAAUUUGGUUCCAGACUUGAUAACUUAUAAUACAUUGAUUGCUGGACAGUGUAGCUCUGGUAAUUUAGAUAGUGCAUAUAGAUUGCUUAGUUUGAUGGAAGAAACCGGAUUGGUUCCGAACCAGCGUACAUAUAGUAGUUUCAUUGAUUUUCUAUGUAAAAAUGAGCGGAUUGAAGAAGCCCGCGAACUGUUUGAUUCCUUUACGCGUAAAGGAAUAAACGCAGAUGUGGUCAUGUACACUUCUUUGGUCAAUGGAUAUUGUAAAUUUGGGAAACUCGAUGAUGCUCGAAUGUUGUUUGAUAGUUGCUUGCCAGAUUUGUAUACUUUCAAUGCCUUGAUACAUGGGUUAUGUAGUAAUGGAGAAUUGAAAGAAGCCUUGUCACUCAAGGAAAAGAUGGAGAAGAUAGGGCUACAGCCUACACAAAGUACAUACACGACUCUGAUUGCAAGAAUGCUUAAAGAAGGAGAUUUUGAUGAAGCCGAUAAAUGUUUUAACGAAAUGUUGUCCUCCGCAAAGCCUGAUGCGCAGACUUAUGGGUCAUUUAUCUCGGCGUAUUGUAGUGCAGGGAGAUUGCAAGAAGCAGAGGAGAUGAUGAAGGAAGAAGAUGUUACUCCGGAUGAGUUCACUUAUACCUCAAUGGUUAAGGCUUAUGGAUCUCUAGGGCUGACUUAUUCUGCAUUUGAUGUCUUGAAGCGUAUGUUGGAUACUGGUUGUGAACCUUCUCACCAUACAUAUUUGUCUCUGAUCAAACACUUGUUCGAGAUGAAACAUAUGUCAGCGAAAGGUGGUGAAACAGGAAGUUAUUUGCAAGAGUCCCCGGAUAUUAUGUGGGGGAUGAUGGAGUUUGAUAUCGUUGUCGAACUUUUUGAGAAAAUGGUAGAACAUGGGUCAUGGGUGUAACCCUGAUGCUAAAUGCUAUGAGAAGAUCUUGUUAUAGGGAUCUGUGAAGUUAGGAAUCUAGAGAUAGCACAGCGAUUAUUAAAUUGUAUGGAAGAAGGAGGAAUAACUGUAAGUGAGAAGAUUUGUAAUGGUCUUCUUAGAUGUUACUAUAAGCUGCAAAAGUAUGAGGAAGCUGCAAAGGUUGUGGAAGAUAUGAUAUGCAAUGGUCACUCACCACAACUAGAUUUUUGCAAAAUGUUGAUUUGCAAGCUGUAUGAAGAAGGAGAAAAAGAGAGCGGCAACUCGGUUUUCAAAAAACUGCUUCGAUGUGGUUAUUGCGAUGAUGAAAUCGCUUGGAAAAUCCUUAUCGACGGUGUGCUUAAACAGGGCUUUGUAGAGGGGUUCUGUGAGUUGUUCCAAGUAAUGGAAACAAGUGGCUGCAAAUUUAUCUCUCAUACACGAUCAAUGCUUAUUAAAGGUCUUCAAGGAAAAGAUUGAUUACAUUUUACCAACCACUUAAGUCACUUUGGUUGGUUAUACAUUCUAAACUGAGUACUUGAUGUUAUAUAUUAUGUACUUUUUUGUUACAAAGAUAACAUUUUGUAAGCUUUUGUGGUUCAGUCCUAGUGCCAAAAUGAAACCGUAGACAAAUGUAAUUGAAGUUUCUACUUUCUUGGUCUGGUUUUAUAAAAAUAUAAAGAAAAGUGACUAAUUAUAAAAAUGUAAUUUGAAAUAAUUGUGGAAACGUGAAGAUGGGUGUAAGAAAUGAUUAAAAAGAGAGUUUUGACUUAUUGAUAAUGCAGUUAAUUAGUUUGCAAUAAAUUGCAUUUGAAGUUGGCUCCUCCGCGUCAAUGGAAAGCCAAGAAUCGUAGACCAUGGCGUGUUAUAUGGUUCUAUGUACAUUGAUUCUGUGCCCAUCAAAUUGCAUACAUCAUA